AUCUCUGUCCGGCGGUCAGAAACAGAGGGUUUCAAUGGCGAGGGCUGUCUAUUCCAACCGAGAUAUCUAUUUACUCGACGACCCGCUCAGUAAUUGCACGCCUACGUUAUACAGUUGGUCUUCCAGCAAUACACCGCUGAGUGGGGAUUGCAUUGAUAUACACUAUAACCUCAGCACA